AUGGACGGGAUUUUUGACUCGAUUUCAAAGGAGAUCAAGGGGCUGUCAAGUCGCCUUCCAAAAGAAAUUUCAAAUGUAGCGAUUCCGGAGAAGCUCAAAAACCCUCCUCUCUGGGUCAAGAUUUCUCUCGGAACAACUGCUCUCAGCUACGCUUACAUUCGGUACUCAUGGACGGCGAUGAACGACUGGGGAAUCCCCAUCCUCACUCCCUCUCUUUUAACCUUCGGAACUUGUGGCCACUACGCUCGUGAAAACGGCCUGGUGGAGUUGGCAGAUGAAGAGCUUCGUGCCAAGAAUAGAAAAACAGUUGGUUUCUAUCGUCUUCUAUCUCCGGUCGUUUUGUCGGUUGAUGUUGAUCUUCUGACGCCGAUUUUCACGACCCACUUUGGCUCGUUCACAAAUCGACAGCCUGACAUUGGCUCCUUCGGAAUGGGCAAGGAAAUGAGCAAAAUGAUGGAUGUACUUGCUGACCCCAAAAUUUGGCGACGAGUUCGGCAGUCUGUCUCACCGAGCUUCUCGAACGUUCAGCUUGAGAAAAUGAUGGCAGUGACGAAAUCACGACUUGAUGUUCUUGUCCAACAAAUCAAAGAUUUGAACGGAGAAAGCAUCAAUCCGAGAACAGUGUCGGGGAAAUAUACGAUGGAUGCGUUUUUAGCCGCCGCCAUGGGAUUCCAAAUGGACUUGGCUUCGAUCAAGGACUUUGACAACUCGAAAGAAUUGAAAUAUUUCAACGAAAUUCUUACUCCUGGACCUCAGAUCUUUCUCCUCUUCAUUUUCCCGGGCCUUGGAAGUUUACUCGACAAGCUGGAUAUCAAAAUCUAUGCAAGCAAAGCAAUCAGAUGGUUCACGGGCUACUGUAAGUCCAUGCUCGCGGCGGACACUCAAGAAACGGAGCAGCGAAACUUUCUCAGCGCCUUCAAAAAGCUCAGAAUAUCGGAUGAAGAUGCAAAGGACGCCACAAAGGGAUUAACAGAAGAUGAAAUCAUCAGCCAGAUCUUCGUUCUCUUCGGAGCUGGCUACGAAACCAGCGCUUCAUUGCUUCAAUGGGCGAUUUACAAUAUUUGCAAGGACGAAGAGCUUCAGCAGCGACUCUAUGAGGAAGUAAAAGACGUCCCAGAAGAGUACGAAAAUCUCAACUCAAAGAAAUUGCCUCUCCUGAUCGCCGUUUUGAACGAAUGCCUGCGUCUAUUUUCUCCAGCAAUCUUCCAGUUCCGCUACUGUGACCACGACGUCGUCAUCAACGGCAUUCCCUUAACAAAAGGAAGCAAUCUCGAAGUACCAGUCGACUACCUCCAUGAAAUUGAAGAAUACUGGGGCCCAGAGGCGCGCGAAUUCCGGCCAGAUAGAUGGAUUGAAAAUCCUGCGUUGGAAAAAGCGCCGUUUUUCAUUCCCUUCGGCGUUGGGCCUAGAAAUUGUGUUGGAAUGCGAUUUGCUCAUAUGCAAUCGCGUUUGGGUUUGAUGCGAAUUCUGAAAAACUUCAAAGUGCAAUUUCCAAGCGAUUUUGUCGACGACAUCAAGAAAAUACGAACAACGGCGUUUUUAGCCAACCCUUCCAAAGAGAUCAAAGUCUCUUUUCUCCCCCGCUAA